AUGGAGAACAGACUGGCCAGUGACAUACUGGCCUCAGCUCUGCGGGAUAUGGAUGAGAUUAUUCGUGCUAGCGAAAAUACAAGUCCUGACGCUAAUGUUAUAAGAACAUAUGCAGCACAUAUGAACGGGGUUCACAACGGUAAAACAAACUUAGGACUGGAGGACUCAUUCUAUAAUGACCUUCGUGGCAACAGAAAACUGUCCUCCAGUGACGUGAACGCAAAAAUCAAACCAAUAAUAAGAACGUCAAAUUCCGAGGCUCAAAUUCAGGGGUUGUUAUAUGCACUGGAUUCAUCAGUAGAAAACCUCGGGGCUGCCGAAGGAAAAAAUCUCAUCCUUCCCCCGAACACACGGAACUUCUUACGCCGUUUCAUACAGGACGGUAGUGAGCAUUCAUCUACGCGCGACGCAUCUUGUAAUACAACAAUACACCGUGUGGAGGUGUUGAGUCAACCAUCCAUUUCAAGGAACGAACCGCUACUCGCACUGAAUUCGUCUUCAACGUUGCCAAAGGACGAAUCCUUAAAAUCCCGUGUAAUUCUGCUACAAAAUCAGGUCGACGCCCAGUCGAGACGCAUUGCAGAGCUGGAACAAAAACAGGAGCAAUGCUGGAUUUAUGCGCCAAUUUAUCAACUCCCCGAUGAUGAUGAUGAUGAUGAUGAUGAUGAUGAUGAUGAUGAUGAUGAUGAUGAUGAUGAUGAUGAUGAUGAUGAUGAUGAUGAAACGAGAUGUUCAGUUGAGUCUCUCGUGGAAGCCAAUGGAUGCAUACAAAUGAAUGAACAAUUGACAGGUAUAUCGCUGGCGGCAGAAAAACCUAUUUUCGGCCUCCCUACUUCAAUCAACCAAGAAAACGGUGAUGAUGCGUUAGUCGCGAUGCCGCCACCAUCUGUCAACAUGGCUGAAGGUGUGCAUCUCAGCCCUGGAAACAGUCCGCAUUCUCCGUUAGACCUCUCAGUUAGACCAGUCCUGGACUUAUCGCGCAACAAUGCAGCAGUAACUGGAUAUGACCUUCACAUCCCCCCAAACUUACUACCGACUUUUUCGGCCACGGAAAAUGGUAGCAAUCUACAAACGGGUAGCAUGCUAAGGUCUACUCACCACAAGUCCAUCAGCUUGAACGAAUUACGUCAGAAUCGUUUAAACAGCGGUAUGGAUACACACUCCGCUCAAAACUAUGUAGGUGUUCGAAGCUUCCUUGACCAGUUUAGGGUUCCACGCCUGGGCAUAUCUCCCAAUGAUUCAGUGUCCUCACCAGUCUACUCCUCACCACCGCCAACGGAUUCAAGCCAUCUGCCACCGCAGUAUGCAAGUGAUCAACAUAGACAAAACUUUCUUACCGGCACCAAUCGCACACCCCCGCCAGGCAAACCGGAACCCACAAGAAAUCAACACCGAACAGCAGGGAGAACAUUCGGUCUGCGUCACUCACCCCAACCAGAUUACUCUUUUGCAACCACAGUGGAUGGGCUUCCACCACCGUCAGUACCAGCCGACAGACCGAUCAACCCACACAGUCCAAUUUUCCGGCGUGCUCGCACUCCUAAACAGAUGCAAGAACGGUUCAUCCAUCCUGCUAAGAUACGAUUUCAUCCAGCCAUAUGCUGCAACGACCAAAAAGCACUACGCGCUUACGACGAUUAUUCACCGAUAACCCCUCUGGCUAUGCGUGCUCACAACCCCUCUUGUUUUGCCAACAUGCUCAGCUUUCGAUGGCUCUCACAACGUCGAAACUCAACGUGUGAGGCUCCUCCAAAAUCCGCUUCCAUCUCAGUCCCUCCAGUUACAAAUAGCGCAAACGUGCGUUCCUCCCUCUCAGCUGCUUAUGUUUACGGACGAUCGAGCUCUCUACGCGCCCCACGUAGCUCAGCUUUCCAGAAGGUCAAUUCAACCAAUAGUCUGUGGACCACAAGGGACUCGCGUGGCUCUGAGUCAAAUGGUCGCAUUAUGCUUUGUGAUAGUUACUGGAAUCAGAAUGGUGGCUUUGCGGGUGGAGAUCAGUACACAGCCCCACAGUCUGUACCGAACAUGCCCAACUCGCUAACCCAGCAACCAUGGAUGAGUGGGGCUGGUGUGGAAUCAUUACCAUCCUCAUCAUCUACCCGGGAGACCCCAUCGGAUGCAUCACAAAUGCACUCGCUUACGCCACCAAUUGUGACCGACAUCAUGGAGGAGCUGGGAAACUCCGAUUUCUUACACUGGGACAAGGAUAUGGUGUCGGCCUGGCUGUACGAGUUGGGGUUGGGUUAUGCGGUACCCUGUGCAAGACGCUGGCUGCAACAAGGCGCUGACCUGGUGCGAGCGCCACGAAAAUCCAUUGAACAGGAAGAUAUGGUUUCAAUGAAAAUCACAAACGAACUGCAUGUGUUAAGUUUCCGGCGUGGAUUACAAAUACUUCGACGGAUAAACUUUGAUCUAAAUGGGCUUUGUCGGGAUUCAGGUACCGAGGCUGACUACCUAUGGAGAGAAAACGGAACUAGACAACGGUCAAGCCACCCAGAUCCGACCGAAAUCCUCAGUGAUGUGGAUCAGCUUGUCAAUAGCAGCGGCGAUGACAUUAUGUCAAAGUCGUUUAGUGGUUCAACCCAAUUCACCGAAUCACCGAAGAGCAAGCGGGUCACCUCACCCGUGCGACCCAGGCGGUCCAACACCGUGACCAAUCUGAAGACUUCCAACGUGUGUAGUUGGACUCAAUAUCGAGUGAUAUCUUGGCUAAACUUCAUUGAGCUGCCUGAAUACGCUCGGAAUCUGGACGGGACUGGAGUACACGGGGCUCUGAUUAUGCUAGAAGAUCGAUUCAACCCGGACUUGUUGGCCAACAUUCUCCGCAUUCCUUCCAACAAAACACUAGUACGGCGGCAUUUGUCCAGUAAAUUUGUUGAGUUGGUUGGCAACGAGGUGUGGGAGAGGAAGCAGGCGGUUUCAAGUAAUCCAGACAUUCCCGCACUCACCCAACACUCGAAGAUCAAGCUUUCCCGGAAACGUACCUUCUUUAUGUCACACCGGAAACGAAAAGGUAUGGAAUAUGAGGAGGAACUUUUAUGCCCGGUCGACAUCGACUCACCGAUGACCGAUCUGCAGACCCAAGAUACAAACUCCUCCGAACACGUGCCGUCAGAGAGCACGAGUAUGCAGUUUGCCUUCAAUGGCUCUGAGACAGUGAAUGAAAACUCGCUCGCCACCGACAUCACUUAGCUUUAUGAAAUUCUACGACGAACUUCCCGUCGACGGACAAAAAAGAUGUUCAAAGAGCAAACACUGUGCACUGAUAUACAUCAAACACUUCCUACUCCAACUGUUCAUAGUUUGACCCUUUUAGCUGCAUUUUUGGCAUCAAGUGAUUUGUUCUGUGUUUGUAUCAUUACUAUAACGUUUUUAUACAUCGCCAUAAGCUUCUUGACUGGUUUGAGGGUUCCGUAAUUUCUUGUCCUCCUCUCCCCUCCCCCACAUCAGCUUGGUACGUAAACUGAGUUUGAGAGUUACACACUGCUUCGUCGCCAAAUGUAUUACAUCUAUCCAACUAGACACCAUUCUGAUGAACUUUGCACCACCGACCCUCCACAGUUACCACUUACUCUGCAGUUUGUACAAUAAUCUUUAGAAUCUGCCUUUUCCGUUUACUUUCCCAAGUGCUUCCAUCAUCAGCGUGCAUUUUGUUGCAAGCAAAAGAUAUGCCACGUAAUCCAGCAGACUCGAGAGGACUUCAGUUCCUCGCUUGUUCCCCUUUUUCAUUGUUGUUGUGCAUGUUGAACACCCCAGAUCUGCACGGAUCUAGCCUGAUCGAAACUCCGAAUCACGCCUUCAUUUGUCUUUUUUGAGUCUUGAUGAUGGCGAAGCCAACAAGAAACGAUGGUUUGAAUAGUAC